UGUCGGAAACGAAAACAACAGAUGGAAUCGUGGAACUCGCUCGAUGGACUUGAUCGUCGAUGUUGUCGUCGUCAUCGUCGUCGUCGUCGUCAUCGUCGGGAGGGAGAAUGAUGAUGUGCGGAUGCGCCCGAAUUUCCAUUUUCAGGGUCACAUCUUGAAGUCAUUACUCGUCGUGUUGAUUCCGCAGAUCGUCAUGAAACAAAUCGUUCUUCCCUCCCCGCGGUCGACACGACCACGCGGAAUCAAUCGCACGUCGCGAAAUAGAAGCGGUGGACUCUUAUUUAACAUGGUCGAUCGAGCCGGCAGUACUCAGUCUACCGGCCGUAACAGAAGUACUCGCAUUACACCUUGCCUGAUUCCUCGACGAAUCGGCGAGUCGUUGCUGGUGCCGCGAGAUUCCAUGGUGUACGGCUGACGGGGUGACGAUCAUGGUGUUUUCGGUCGUUUAUCUUGGCCUCCUUCUCCUACCGGGUUUUUGCCACGGUCAAGGCUUCAGUUACGAAGGAAUUCACGGUCCGUCGCAUUGGGGCGAGGACUAUCAUGGGUGCAUUGGAAAACACCAGUCGCCCAUUAACAUAGAGGAGCACAAUGUCAAGAACGUCAGCCUGCCGCCGCUGAGAUUGAUCGGCAUUGACAGUCCGUACCAGUCAUACGUGACGAACAACGGUCACACGGUUAUGCUGAAAACCAACGAGUCCAAAGCGGCCAUGUUAUCCGGAGGACCCUUGGGGAACAGUGUCUACGCGUUUGAGCAGUUGCAUUUUCAUUGGGGUGAGAACGACUACGAGGGAUCCGAAGAUUUAAUCAACAACCACUCGUUUCCGAUGGAAAUGCACGCAGUCUUUUACAAGGAAGAUUACACGUCGAUGGAUGAAGCUCUUAAGCACAAUGACGGUCUGGCUAUUUUAGCAUAUUUGUACGAGGUAAGUCUUCAAUCGAAUCCGACGUAUGAUUCUAUUGUGAAAAUACUGCCUGACAUAGAAUCGGUGAAUAAGGGAAAAGUAUUGGAAGAACCUUUAUUUUUGGGAAGUUUACUUGUACCGAAUAUUGCAAACAUCCAGGACUACUUCACGUAUAACGGCUCGUUAACCACUCCACCUUGUCUCGAGGUCGCUACGUGGAUUGACUUUAAGGAUCAUCAACAAUUAUCACACGAGCAGUUGGCCGCAUUUCGCGACUUACGAACUCCCGAAGGUAAUAAGUUGACUCACAAUUUUCGACCAGUGCAGCCUUUAGAGGAUCGAGUAGUUUUCCAAAACAUUCCGACAGAACAAAAUGUGCCGAAUAACAUUUCUUAUAGACAUUAUUUUGAUGAGCAUUCAGGACAGCGAGGCAUCAAGGUACCAAUUCUGUUUGUUGCAUUGGGAGCUCUUGUGGCAAUGUUUUUGUUUGCCGCAAUGUGAAAUCCUCGAUACAAAAUAUUCUAGUCAAAGAGUGUUUUUCAAUUGUCAUCAUAACUUUUAAAUGGAGAAAAUGACAGUUAGAUACUAAAAUAUAAGAAAAUGUUAUUAAACAAAAAAGGAAUCAGAUCUAAUUUUAAAAUAUUAUUUUGAAAGUUAAAGAUGUUUGUAAUUGAAUAAACGCUCUGUUUUCAUGAUUGCAUUUCAUGAUGAAGCAAAUUUUCAUGAUUUUACAAAAUCAUGAUAACUUAAUUAUUUAAAUUUACAGUUGUAGUUUAUGUGAUGUUUUUUUUAAUUUGCAACUAUAAUUUAUUUAUUUAGAUGACAUAACAUUACAUACGCAAAACUACACACACACACACAUACGGACAACUAUAUUGAUAAAAAUAUAUCUUGCAAGAUAAUAUUUUAUUCAAGACAGUUAAGAUGAUUAAGAUUUUAAAAUAAACAGAUCUAUGUCAUUCUUCGCGCGAGCGAGUUCAAGUAAACGAUAUAUAUGUAUAAUAUAUAUAAUAAUUUAUUUAAAUACUUCAAGUAUUAUAUAUAAGAAAUAAUGACGAGUC